AUGAGCGGCGUCAAAAAUGCGAUGAACGAACUUAAAGCGAAGCAGGAGGCCCUGCAGACUCAGUUAGAUGAGCGCGAUGAUGAGAUAAAAAAGGCACAGAGUGAAAACUAUGAGGUGCUUGAGCAAAAUAAGCUUUCCUUGGAGCGUCAAGUGCUUCUGCUGCAGCAGAAAAUCAAAUCCACCCAAAAGUUGCUCGAACAGAAAGAAGGCAAAAUUAAAGAACUCCAGGCGCUUAACACGAGCGAGUCCUCCGAAUCCCUCUCUCUCAAGAGUCAGGAUGUUGAUGCCCGGCGGGACGAACUGCUAAAUCAGCUUAAAGACGCCCGCGAUGAAGCCAAUAGAAUGGACAUGCAAUACGAAGAGGACUCGAAUCUGUCAGACGAGGUAUCAGAACUCCAAAGACAGCUCCAAGAAGCCACUCGAAAGGCCGAGAUUUCUGAAAUGGAGAUUGUUGGCGUGGAACAGUUGAUCAAAACGGCUGACGCCGCUCUAACCAAGCAGAAGGAGGAAAACGCCAAGAUCAAGAAGGAAUUGGACGACAUGCACAUUGAACUUGGCGCGUAG